AUGACCCUUAUGAGCAACCAUUCAAAAGUGACUGAGUUUAUUCUCCUGGGAUUCAGCGAUCAUCCAGAGCUACAAUCUCUUCUUUUCAUGGUGUUUCUGGUUGUCUACAUCAUCACUGUAUUGGGAAAUCUUGGCAUGAUCCUAUUAAUCAAGAUCGACUCACGUCUCCACACUCCCAUGUACUUUUUUCUUAGUAACUUGUCCCUUGUUGACUUCUGUUAUUCUUCUAUUAUUGCCCCUAAUAUGUUGGUGAAUUUCUGGGUGGACAAUCCAACCAUUUCAUUUAAUGAAUGUGCCAUUCAGUUCUUCUUUUUUGGUUCCUUUGCUGGUAUUGAAGGCUUCCUGUUGGCUGUGAUGGCCUAUGACCGGUAUGUGGCUAUUUGCAAGCCUCUUCUCUACACAGUUACUAUGUCCCCGCGUCUUAAUGUCCUUCUGGUGUUGGCCACAUAUCUUGCAGGCUUUAUAAAUGCUUCCAUUCACACUGGCUUCACCUUUCAACUGUCUUUCUGCCAUUCAAAUGUCAUCAAUCACUUUUUCUGUGACACUCCGCCCCUCUUGAAACUCUCUUGUUCUGACACGCGUGUCAAUGAGCUUGUCAUUUUUGCUUUUGCCAGUUUUAAUGAACUGAGCUGCCUUCUGACUAUUCUCAUUUCUUACCUCUACAUCCUUGUUGCCAUCUUGAAGAUCCAUUCUGCUGAAGGGAGGCACAAAGCCUUCUCCACCUGCGCAUCCCACUUGAUGGUGGUUAUCAUCUUCUUUGGCACAAUCCUCUUCAUGUAUCUGCGCCCCAGCUCCAGCUACUCAAUGGAUCAAGACAAAGUGGUGUCUGUGUUUUAUACAGUGGUAAUCCCCAUGUUAAAUCCUCUCAUCUAUAGUCUGAGAAACAAGGAGGUCAAAGCUUCUUUAUCUAAAAUUUUUAAAACAACCUCUUUUCACUUCUGUACUUAG